CCCCUGCCCUUCCUACGCUCCCGGCGGACGACCUGGUAGCUCCGGAGCCCAAACCUGUCGGGCCGGUUUGUAGAGCCACGGGGACCGAGAGAAGAAGGCUGUAGAAGGAUGCACGGCCUGGCCCGCACUGUCCGCCGCCGGAGCCUGUGCUGCCCACCUGCCCGAACUCAUGACCCGCACGCCCGGCUUCAUGGUGCCCCUGCUGGGCCUGAGCCUGGCGCUGGCCCUUAGCCUGCCCGGAGCUGUGGCAGCCGACUGCCGGUCCGACCACCUGGCAUUCGCUCAGGUGGCCAGGACGCGAUUGUUGGCCCCUCGUGUUCGCGCGCCGGGGCCCCUGGACUCCCUCUAUGGUACCGUGCGACGAUUCCUCUCCGUGGUUCAGCUCAACCCCUUCCCGUCAGAGUUGAUAAAGACCUUGCUGAAUGAUCCGUCUUCUGUGAAGACAGAUGAGGUGGUUCGGUAUGAGGCAGGCUACGUGGCGUGUGCUGUGAUUGCCGGCCUCUACCUCCUGUUGGUGCCCACCACCGGGCUCUGCUUUUGUUGCUGCCGCUGCCGCAGGCGCUGCGGGGGCAGAGUGAAGACGGAGCACAAGGCCAUGGCCUGUGAACGUGGCACCCUCAUGUCCUUCCUGCUGCUGACCACGCUCGUACUUCUGAUUGGUAUGGUCUGCGCUUUUGCUACGAACCAGUAUACACAUAGUCAGACAGGCCCAAGUGUGGAAGCUGUCCCCGAGACCCUGCUCAGCCUAAAAGGCCUGGUCUCAGAUGUUCCUGAAGAGUUACAGGCUGUGGCUGAGCAGUUCUCCGUGCCCCAGGAGCAAGUCUCAAAGGAGCUGGAUGGUGUCGGUGAGAACCUUGGGGACAUAAUUUAUAACCAGCUCAAGAGCACAGUGUACCCAGUGCUAGCCUCAGUGCACAGCCUGGGUCAGGCCCUGCAGGUCUCCAUAGAUGACCUUCGAGCCCUGAACACCACCUCAGUGGAGCUGCAGGAGGGUCAGCAGUACCUGCAACCACCUGUGCAGGCACACCAAAAACGCCUGCUCACGCUGCUUCAGGAGAGCCGGUGCCAAGGGAACUGCAAGGGAGCCCUAGGCCGGGCCAGUGCUCUGCAACUGGGUGCUGACUUUAGCCAGGUGCCCUCUGUGGAUGAUGUCCUGCAUCAGCUGAACGGUGUCCCAGAGGCCAACUUCUCCAGCAUGGUCCAGGAGGAGAACGCCACCUUCAAUAACCUCCCGCUCCUGGUUGCACUGCAGACAGCCAAUGUGGUCAAAGAUCUGAAAAACACACUGGCUGAGCAGCCUGAAGGUGUGAGGAUGCUGGCCCAGGGGUUCCCAGGUUCAGAGGCGGCUUCCCGUUGGAGCGAGGCACUGGAUGGGUGGGAACAGCACAGCCGCCCCUACUUGCAGGAGGUGCAACGAUAUGAGGCAUACAGGUGGAUUUUGGGAUGCGUGCUGUGCUCUGUCAUCUUGCUUGUGGUGAUCUGCAACCUGCUGGGCCUCAGCCUAGGCAUCUGCGGGUUAUCUGCCAGGGAGGACCCCAGCCACUCGGAAUCCAAGGGCGAGGCUGGAGCUCGCUUCCUCAUGGCAGGUGUGGCCUUCAGCUUCCUCUUUGCAGCACCCCUUAUCCUCCUCGUCUUCGCCACUUUCCUGGUGGGUGGCAACGUGCAGACGCUGGUGUGCCGGAGCUGGGAGAGUGGAGAGCUGAUUGAGUUUGCAGACACCCCGGGGAACUUGCCCCCAUCUAUGAACUUGUCCUACCUCCUUGGCUUGAGGAAGAACAUCAGCAUCCUUCAGGCCUAUCAACAGUGUAAGGCAGGGGCAGUACUCUGGAAGGUUCUAGAGCUCAAUGAUUCCUAUGACCUGGAUAAGCACCUGGAUAUCAGCCAGUAUACCCACAAGCUUCAGCAGAAGCUGCAGAGCUUCAAAGUGGAUGUGGAAGAGCUCGACCUGUUGACCCCCACUGCCCGCCAGGACCUGGAGGCUUUUCAGAGUAGCAGGCUGGAGAAAAUCCACUACAGAGACUUUCUUGUACAGAUUCAGAAGCCUGUGGUGAAGACUGACGUGGAGCAGCUGGCACAGGAGCUAGAAGGACUGGCCCAGGCCCAAAAUGACUCUGUAAUGAGGCAGCAGCUACAGGAGGAGGCCAGAGAGCUCCAGCGCCUCUACCAGGAGAAGGUUGUCCCCCAGGAGAGACUUGUGGCCAAGCUCAACCUCAGUGUCAGGGCCCUGGCGUCCUCUGCCCCAAGUCUGCAGGUGGAUACCUCAGACGUUCUUGGCAAUGUCACGUCUCUAAAAGGAGUGCUGCCUGUGCAGAUUAGCCACAUCCUGAAGAAUGCCACCGAGUGCUUUCUGAGCAGGGAAAUGGGCUACUUCUCUCAGUAUGUGGCCUGGGUGAAAGAAGAGGUGACUCAGCACAUCACCACCUGCCAGCCCCUCUCUACAGCCCUGGACAAUGGCCACGUGGUCCUCUGUGACAUGAUGGCUGACCCGUGGAAUGCCUUCUGGUUCUGCCUGGGCUGGUGCACCUUCUUCCUCAUCCCCAGCAUCAUCUUUGCUGUCAAGACCUCCAAAUACUUCCGUCCCAUCCGGAAACGCCUCAGCUCCACCAGCUCCGAAGAGACACAGCUUUUCCAUAUCCCCAGGGUCACCUCCCUGAAACUAUAGGACCCACUGGGCAAGGUAAUCCCUGGGGGCUUCCUGUCCUUCUUCCUUGUCUCAGCCUGGACCAGAAGACUGUAACUCAUCUCAGAGCCCAGGAUGGCCUCUAGGGCUGGCCUGUCCAUUCCUCUUCUCCACCCAUGGGAGCUCCUUCUCCAGCCUUUGGGGACAGAGACCCCCUCCAUCUGCCCCAUUUCUUUCUCCCCUCUUCCUUUAUAAGUUCUUUCCCCCUUGUCUGAGUUUGGUCCCCUCACCUGCCCCAAUGUCCUUCCUGUUUCCUCCUCAACCCUCUGCUUGCUCUC